UUGGCAGACAGCCAGCGCCAGCGGGGAGAGGGAGAGGGGGAUGGAGUUGGAGGAGAGGACUGGGCGUGCUGCCAAGGCCCAGUCAGAACGGGGCCAGGGGCCACAGCCCUCACAGACCAGGCUGAGAAGGACGGUAAGAGGAACCCGGAGCGCUCCGCUCACACCAGACACACACACACACACACACACACACAACUCUGUUGUUUUUAUCGCACUGCUUUGCUUUAUCUUGUCCAGGUCGCAGUUGUAAAUGAGAACUUGUUCUCAACUGGCUUACCUGGUUAAAUAAAGGUGAAAUAAAAUAAAAUACAAAUCUAUAUAUGCUCGCCCUUCUAUCUGUACUGUAUGCCUCUCACUCACUCUCACUCCUGUCUGCUCUUUAUCUUACUCAUAUACACACACACACACACACUCCUACCUACCUCAAAGAGCUGCUGCGUACUUCCUCCCUGUCUAGGGACAGCCCCAAAGAGCUGUAACACGGUGCAGCAGCUCGUAACCAGCGGAAACGGGGCGGUAAACACAUCCGCACGCCUGCCCAGCCUACCCCCUCUCUCCCUUCCUCAUGAGGGCUGACGGAGGGCUUUUUCUCUCUCUAUUGUAACAAAACAGCCUUCACAUUUAACCCUUCCCUAUCCGUCCCCUACAACAGGACCUGUUAUGCAUAAAAAGCCACAACAUUAGAAUACUUCACUGUUGAAUAUGUGGGGGAGAGGAAUGUGGAGUCUAUAUUAGGGGAAGAUAUUUUAACACGCUGUGUGUUAGAGCCAUUAUGGCAUAUUGCACGGCAUGGGUGAACUAGCUUCCUCUCUGGACGUUUUGGAAACCAGUGGACAUUAGGAGAGGGGCAGUGUGUAGCCCUCUUCGCACAGAGCGGCACAUGUUUCCAUGGUGACCCCCUUUGGUGGCGUGUUGCCAUGGUGCAGACACUGUCGUUAUGGGUUGUGCGCCGUGCCGAGCGGAGUGGCGUGAGUCAUAUGAUGCUGUUUACCAGAUGGAGAGAUAUUUGGGGCGCUGGCAGGACAGGACCUGGGGGGAUGGGUGAGAGUGUAUGUUCAAGCCUGUGUGUGUGUGUGUGUGGCUCAGAGCAGGGCGGGGCAUUCCUGUCCGGGCCAGUACAAGGGCAGCCCUGUGAGGCAGCACAGCAUGUAGCCUGGGUCUGGGAUACAGCCAGAGAAAGAGAGCGAGUGGAAAGAAAGAAAGAAAGAAAGAAAGAAAGAAAGAAAGAAAGAAAGAAAGAAAGAAAGAAAGAAAGAAAGAAAGAAAGAAAGCGGGCGAUGGAGAGAGCAGACACCCCCACUAGCUGAGGAGGGAGAGAGGGAGAGAGCCGGCGAUGGAGAGAGCAGACACCCCCACUAGCUGAGGAGGGAGAGAGGGAGAAAGAGAGCGGGCGAUGGAGAGAGCAGACACCCCCACUAGCUGAGGAGGGAGAGAGGGAGAAAGAGAGCGGGCGAUGGAGAGAGCAGACACCCCCACCAGCUGAGGAGGGAGGGAGAGAGCCGGCGAUGGAGAGAGCAGACACCCCCACCAGCUGCCUUUGAUCCAAGCGGCUGCUUUAGAACGCCUGGAGACAUUCUCAAGGAGCCUUUUACAGCCCCGGACAUGCAGAGGAGGGAGGGAGGAAGAGAGAGGGGAGAAAGAGAGAGGGAAAGAGGGCUGGAAAAGCGAGAGAGGACUGAGCGGAAUGGAGAGGGAGAGAGAGCUGAAAGCAGCAGUGGGUGGGAAUAGGGGGUAGAGCUGGAAGCCAGCCCGAGCUGAUGUUUGAAGCUAAUUUGAGCCCAGGGAGUCGGAAAGGCCCAGUCGCUUGCCUGCUCUCUCUCUCUCUCUCUCUCUCUCUCUCUCUCUCUCUCUCUCUCUCUCUCUCUCUCUCUCUCUCUCUCUGCCCCUCUCUCUCUCUGCCCCUCUCUCUCUCUCUCUGCCUCUGUGUGGGAAGAGCAUGGUGGGCCUCGGCCUAACAUAGUGGUGGCUGCUAUUUGUGUGGGGGGUAUUUUCUACCUCGUCUUGAGCCUGGACCAGCAGUCAUCAUUUGAAACUGAUUUAGUUUGAUGAGAGGGCAGUGGUUUCUCCAGUGCUGCUCAGUGUAUUUGAUUAUCCCCCUUCUGUGUGUGCAGGUGUGCAGCCGACGUGCCCCAACAACAGAGUGCCUGUUCUCCAGCGAUGCCCACACACCGAGGGCCUCCCACCCAGAGAGAGGGAGCAGGCUUGCCCCACCCUGGAGGAGUGGAAGAGGGGGAUGACGAUGGAGAAAGACGAGAGGGUGUGUAUGCCCCCACGGGAGCAGCCUGCCAGCCUGCCCACGGCCCCAGUGGAAAGGCUGGCCCAGAAGGAUGCCAACCCUGGCAUCAUGCCCACCAUGCCAGCCUCCAUGCCCACUGCGGUGCCCGGCAGGAAACACACAUACGCCCUGGAACCGUGCCUGCCACUCCAGGGCGACAGCCAGGGGAAAGAGGGGGAUGGAAAUGAGAGAGAAGAGGAGGAGAGGAUGGACGUUCCAGCCAAAAGAGCCAGGCUAACAAACUGUAAGGGCCCUCAGCAUGGACCUAUUUACCACUCCUUUAUUCUUCUCUACCUCUUUCCUUUCCAGCUUCCCCAUCCCUCGCUCAGUAGCAAGGAGAGAAUCCCCCCAUCCUGUCUGUCAUCACUCUCUCCCCUGCCUGGAUUCGUCUGCUUUCAUGUGGCGGGGCUCUCUCUCUCUCUCCCUCUGUUGUUCUCUUUUGUGGUGGUGUCUUUCUCAGUCCUUUCAUGUAGUGUGAUUUGUGUUCAGUUGCCUACACGAAACCAAACACACACACACACACAGCUGUGAUUCGUCAAGGGGCUUCACAAACACACCAGUUUGGUUUCAACCCAAAAUAACCUUCUGAGCAUCGCUACUUUAUUUAAAACUCACAAUGGAAAUGCUCCCAUUUGUUGUUAAUGGGGUUGGAGGUGAGCGCUUUAAAAAGGUUUGAACUUCUAUUACAUUUAGCUGAGCUCCCAAUGCAACAAAAUGUAUUUAACUCAAGCGCAUUUCGUUAGAAUUCAUUCCCUCUUUUUAUGAAAAUUCUAAUGGUGUGCAAUAAUUUUUCCACCCAAAUGUAAUUAGAGAGAAUUGUUUUCUUGUGUUUUCCAUUAAUUAUUAGAUGAUUUCUAUUUUAAAGUGUUGGUGGUGGAUUUGGGGAGGGACAGUGAACAGGACAGAUGGAGAGCGUUUCCAGUUACAUUACACAGCCUCUCUCCAUUACACAGCCUCUCUCCAUUGGUUUCAAUUAGGUUGUUGCUCUGAGUGAACUUCAUAAAUCAUCUAACCCACACUGACUUGUUUUCCCAAACGUUGAUUUAACCAUUGGUUGUCCAUUUCCAUCUCCCCAGGCCCCACUGAGCCUGUCCCAGAGGAAGUCAAAAACCUCAAGGUGUGUAUCGAGCUGACCGGCCUCCGACUCAGCAAGCCCCGCCUCGCCCAGGAGCUCAGCCAAUGGCAGGCCGCCACCCAGAGGUCGACAGAGGUCAACGGAAGCAUCGCCAUGACGACGACCCUGCCCAACGGGUGCCCCGAGGUCGGCGCCACAGAUAGGAAGGUCAAGGUUGCCUCACAGGAAGACCGGAGCCUGAAACGGAGGUCAGAGGUCAACGGCCACGCCUGGUGCCAUGAAACGUUUGGUCACAGCGACAACGAGCGAGGUACGUUAAAACAAAGUUGAUAAAAAUGGCUUAUUUUUGGUCUGCUAGAGCUUGGGUUUUCAAAGGUAGUCAUAUAUUAUUCAUAAUAAUAAUUAUCCAUCCAACCAUCCUUUCUGGCAGAUGGUGACAACAGUUUUCAAUUGAGACACGGAGGCUUUGAGCUGUGUGAAUGUGGAAUGCAUGAUGAUCAUGUUCUUUACCACCGUCCAUGAAGAACAAUAUCCCCACCUUUUAUUGACUCCACAUCAAUAAAAGCCACUCCAGCGCUAUAGUGUUGAGUCACUCACUGCAUUCAGCACCAUGAAUACAUUCACUGCACAUUUCACUGCACCUAUUUUUUUUUGGGGGGGGGGGGGGGGGUGAGCUUUGCUCCCAUUUUCGACCUUAGUAACUGUAGGCUACAGGAGUGUUGCCUUGGCUAAAUGACCUUGACGAUUGGCCUGGCGCCAGCUAGCUAGCAUAGCCUACAUGUUGUAUGUUCCCUUCUUUGGGGUUACAGGGAGAACAGAGCUCAGGGAAGUGAACGUGUUGUUGUGGAAACGAAGGCCCUAGGCAGCCGUUUUGGGGAGAUGUUAGUGGUUGUCUGGGUGACAGACAGCUUGUACCUCUCUCUCCUUCUCUCUAGAUUUCUGUCUGACUCUCUCGCUCUCUCUCACACAACGUUCUCUCUCGCUCUCUUUCACACAACGUUCUCUCUCGCUCUCUCUCACACAACGUUCUCGCUCUCUCCCACUACCUCUCUCUGGCUCUUAAACGAUAUCGCCUUGGCAACUUGUGCCUGGGCAUAAUGAGGCGUCAGAUUCCACUGCUAAUAACACUGGUAGUUCUACCAGCAGUUCUCUCUCUCUCUCUCUCUCUCUCUCUCUCUCUCUCUCUCUCUCUCUCUCUCUCUCUCUCUCUCUCUCUCUCUCUCUCUCUCUCUCUCUCUCUCUCUCUCUCUCUCUCUCUCUCUCUCUCUCUCUCUGCCAGCCAAUGUAUUUUUUCCCAUCUUUGUCUCUCACUUUCUCAUGUCAGCGUCUCCAAUUUAGCAUCUCUGAUUUAUUUCUGUUAGUCACCUGUUAUUUCUGUUAGUCACCUGUUCACACCCUCUCUCUCUCUCUCCUUGAUAUCUUUCCCUUCUUCCUUGUCUUAGAGAGUCUAACUGACGUAUGGAACAUGCAGAGGUGUGUCAGUCAAACUGCUAUUUUCUGAGUCACUUCUCGGCCAUGUUGCAUCCUAAUGGUUGUUUAAUGAACCUACGACAAACACACACACACACUCAACGCUCCGCAAAGAGAUAUCCGCUUUGCAACAGAUGACACCCAUUCCUCUGCAAUCCCUGUGCUACACACACCCCUCAGUCAGACACAGACACGCACACACAUCCAUAUCCUCUGUGGAAGUGACUAGACACGACACAGAUACCACCCACCCUUUCCAUUAGUCUCGUUUGUCAGGGUGUUUAGAGGUGUGUUCAAAGCCCCUCCACGUUGUCCCAGGGUUUGUCAGAGUGCGCUGACUAAUUUGAAGAUGUGCAGCUGCACCCCAGGCGGAUAAGAGCCCUGUUAAACCAAGAGUCAUGAAAAGGGGGGAUUAAUAGGAUGAGGGGUGAAAUGAUAUUUAAAGUGUCUCCUCUACCCCCUAGAGGAAACAACCCUUUGUUUUCAUUGUUCCCCUCUAAUCAGGGACUGGUUUAAACCUGGGACACCAGGUGGGUGUAAUGAAUGAUCAGGUAUAACAGAAAACCAUCAGGCUCUGGAGCUCGUAGGGUAAGAGUUGAAUACCCCUGCCCUAGAGGAAACACAACAGUACAGGGUGUUAAUUAGACCUUAUAGGAGAAGGGAAGUGGUUUACACACGCCAUGUGCUUUGGUACACUACAUCCCUCUGGGGACUGUUCCCUAGGGGGGAGGGGGGGGAUCAGAGGUAGCUAGGGGAUGAUGGGGAUCCUCCUCCAUACUGCGAGACAGAUUGGCACACAUACACACACACACACAUACACACACACACACACACACACACACACACACACACACACGUACGUGUGUAUUUGUUCUCUGCAGAUAGGAAUUGGUUGGUGGUAAGCAGAACAUGUGCCAAUUGUUGUCAUGGUACCCAGUCUGUCCUUAGAGUUCUUGAGACACACACACACACACACACACACACACACACAAUAUAGAACACGUCAUUUUUUUCACACCAUUUAGCCCGUCCUCCCUUUAGCCCGUCCUCCCUUUAGCCCGUCCUCCAUUUAGCCCGUCCUCCAUGUACUAGUACUUAGGAAAGAGCUGUGGUGUGUGACCAGGAUAGUGUGAGAACCAGUGUGUGUGUGACCAGGAUAGUGUGAAAACCAGUGUGUGUGUGACCAGGAUAGUGUGAGAACCAGUGUGUGUGUGACCAGGAUAGUGUGAGAAACCAGUGUGUGUGUGACCAGGAUAGUGUGAGAACCAGUGUGUGUGUGACCAGGAUAGUGUGAGAACCAGUGUGUGUGUGACCAGGAUAGUGUGAAAACCAGUGUGUGUGUGACCAGGAUAGUGUGAAAACCAGUGUGUGUGUGACCAGGAUAGUGUGAAAACCAGUGUGUGUGUGACCAGGAUAGUGUGAAAACCAGUGUGUGUGUGACCAGGAUAGUGUGAGAACCAGUGUGUGUGUGACCAGGAUAGUGUGAAAACCAGUGUGUGUGUGACCAGGAUAGUGUGAAAACCAGUGUGUGUGUGACCAGGAUAGUGUGAGAACCAGUGUGUGUGUGACCAGGAUAGUGUGGAGAACCAGUGUGUGUGUGACCAGGAUAGUGUGAGAACCAGUUUGUGGGUGACCAUAAUAGUGGUGAAAACCAGUUGUGUGUGACCAGGAUAGUGUGAAAACCAGUGUGUGUGUGACAGGCACACCUUUGUGUGUGUGGUGGAUCGGCCUCUCACCUCUGGAUAUCCUCGGAGGAGGAGAGAUGAGGAGGAGAGGAGGAGAGGAGGAGGAGCAGGAGGAAGGCCAUUUGCAGUGAGCCUCCCGCCCAGAACAAUAAAUCAUUUACCAGAUGGACGAGGUAAAACUCCCCACUGGCUCUCUGAAACCGCCUCCCUUUCUCUUCACCACGUGUGUGUGUGUGUGUGUGUGAGUGUGUGUGUGUGUGUGUGUGGUGAGUGUGUGUGUGUGUUGUGUGUUGGUGAGUGUGUGCGCUGUGUAUUGCAGCUGCACCCAAGGUUUGUCAUCUUGUAUGUUUCAAGCCGCUGUUGGAGCACGCAAUGGAAAACAGCUGACACACACCCUCCUCUCGCUUUUUCCUCUCUGCACCCCCCCCAGUCCCUUGUGUUUUCUCUCCCUCGCUCUCUCUCCUACACUCCCUCUCUCUUUGUUCUGCUCCUUCUCCCUCCCCCUCCCCCUCACUCUCGCUUUCUCUCUCUCUGUCUCGCAGGCUAGCUGCCCUUUUGCGAUCACUCUCCGUCUCUUGCCGGCCCGAUCUCUCUCUCUCUCUCUCUCUCUCUCUCUCUCUCUCUCUCUCUCUCCUCUCUCUCUCUCUCUCUCUCUCCGUUCUCCUUCUCUGUUAAUCUGUCAUAUUUCAUAUUUUCCCUCCUGUAUCCCAUAACCCCCUCCUCUAGAUCAGAAUCCCCAGAUACCACGGACGUCUUCGUGAGAACGUCACUCUAGCAUUCAGCCCCAGCCCUCUCUGUCCCAUCACAUUCCCUAACGAGACCUUGGAGGAAAGUCUACAUCCAUGCUUGUUUUGUUUUCAUCCUAGAAAGAAGAGAGACUGGGGAAAGAACAGAGACUUCUUUUUAUGGUGUUGGCUGUCGCACAUGGCCUUGAAACAAACAAUAGUCCAUUCUUUCUGUCUUAUCAGGUCCACCAGGUGUGUUGGUGCUGGGCUGGAACAAAAGCCUGCACUUCCGGUAGUUCCAGGGGAUAUGUAGUAUUUGUAGUGUAACGCUGAUCUUUGUUAAAUUCAGCUGGUUGUAUUUUCUCUGUGGGAGAUGGUUCUGUUUGUUGGGAAUGGAUCAGCUAACCUCUCUCUCUCCCUCCCUCUGUCUAGUGGUGCUACCGUCUGUUCCUCUGACCCCAGCGCAUCUGGACCGCCUCUCCCGGACCCCGUCCAACACCCCUGUCAGAAGACCACCCCUCCAGACCACCACCCCCGCCCUCACCCCCUUUCACUCCCUGGCCCCGGCACACCCCCACGUCCCCCCCACCCCCCCACGGCUGUCAGACAAGAGACAGAGGCUAAAGGAACACCGCAGGACCAGUGCUCUGGGGCUGGGACCCCCCCACCCCGGCCCUCACCCCGACCAUGACCCCAACCAAACGGGGGACCUGGUGGCCCCCAGACUCCGUCGGCACGGCGACCAGGACAAGCCCAAGGGCAAGCGGCAGUGCAAGACUAAACACACCAGCCAGAGGGAGAGGGAGAGGCUGGGGCUGGGGAAUGAAGAGCUGGGGGAGAGGGUGGGGCUGGGGCUGGGGAAUGAAGAGCUGGGGGAGAGGGAGAGGGAGAGGGAGAGGCUGGGGCUGGGGAAUGAAGAGCUGGGGGAGGAGAGAGAGAACAAGGUGAGUGGAACACACACACACACACUCCUUUUCAUGCUUUUGUGCACACACUCUUGCGGAAACACACCCUCUCGCUCGCUCUCUCUUUCUCUCUCUCUCUCUCUCUGUGUUUUUCUGUCAUCCUCUCUCUGUGUGAGAGAGCGAGUCCUCUGUGUUCCACAGUGUGUUCCCAUGGGCUGAAACCCCCUGGGCAGAGCUCCUUGAAUAUGCUUCAAAUCACAACAAUGUUGAUUAUUACAAUUAUGGGGCUUAUUGGAGCUCACUGGGAAAGCUCAGAGGGAGGUGUGCUUGGGGUCACCGUGUGUGUGUGUGUGUGUGUGUGUGUGUGUCACUGCUGUGACCUCCCCCUGCUCGGAACACAAUCCUCCCCAGACUGGAAGAGGAGGAGGGAUGGAAGGAGUGAGUGAGGGAGAGAGAAAAAGGGAAAGAGGGGGAGUGUGCUCUAGAGGUCUGGCCUGUGUGACGGAAGUACAUUCUCCACAAAACACACCAACCCUAGGGAGCAGUAAUGGGCCUCGGCUGGUGUCUGUCAUGUCUGUGAGAGCCUUGUCUCUGGCUAUGUAGAUCACAUCACAAUACUGACUAUAUUGCAGAUGUUGUGGUGUGCUGUUACUCUGUGUGUGUGUGUGUGUGUGUGUGUGUGUGAUGGCGUGUCUGUUCGUCCAGCCCUGAGGAAUUACCCAGCGAGGCAGCUGUCAGCACGGCCCCUGCAGAAUCACACCACGUACACACACACAGCCCCCCUCCCCGAGCCUCGCGCUUCGCAUGAACUCUCCACUCCCUUUCCCCUAUUUCUCUAACUCCUCCUCUUUCCUCCUUCCUCCCCCCUGCUCCGGUAUUCACACACACACACACACACACACACAGAUCUCUCUGGGGCAGACGCCGCGUCUGUAUCCUGUUUGCCGUUCGCUGACUGCUGCGAGCGCCGUCGCUGACAGAUGUGUCCAAACACACACACACACACACACACAAUGUGCUUAUCUAUGUCAUGAAAGCAUCGUAACGUCUUUCAUGUUGCUUUCCUUUUAGAAGCGUCGCAUUAAUUUCACGUGUCUUUAAAAUGUGUCAAAUCAGAAAUGCAUAGCCUAAAUAUGGAGGGUUUUUUUCAGAUCCCAUUUUUAAAUAUUGCAUUUUAUAAUUUCAUACAUGUAAGUAAUAUUUACAUAAAACAUUGUCACACUCAGGGUAACAAUCUAGAUGUGGCAACCAUUAACUGGAUAGCCAACCAUCUACUAUUGAUAUUAACUGGAUAGCCAACCAUCAACUAUUGAUAUUAACUGGAUAGCCAACCAUCAACUAUUGAUAUUAACUGGAUAGCCAACCAUCAACUAUUGAUAUUAACUGGAUAGCCAACCAUCAACUAUUGAUAUUAACUGGAUAGCCAACCAUCAACUAUUGAUAUUAACUGGAUAGCCAACCAUCAACUAUUGAUAUUAACUGGAUAGCCAACCAUCCGCUAUUGAUAUUAACUGGAUAGCCAACCAUCCGCUAUUGAUAUUAACUGGAUAGCCAACCAUCAGCUAUUGAUAUUAACAGGAUAGCCAACCAUCAGCUAUUGAUAUUAACAGGAUAGCCAACCAUCAGCUAUUGAUAUUAACUGGAUAGCCAACCAUCUGGAAUGUGUGAAGAAGAUAUAUUAGUAGAAUUUGUAACCGCAGUGUGUUGCUAUAAUGGCUGCCUUUGCCUAACUUAUAACAGCGUUAGAAAGGUAGUGUGUGAGAAAAUAUGCUUUUUGUUAGGCGCUUAACAUUUGGAGUAACAAUUGUGUGCGCGUGUGUGUCCUGGGGCAUUUCAGGCGGUGGGCAGUCAAGUCACGCUCUCGCUUCCCCCUCCCCCUCUUCCUCCAUCACUCCAUCUCUCCCUUCCCCUCUCUCCCUCCCUCUCUCUCUUGGUGACAAGCGUGUGCUCAUGGUUAUAAAUGACUUUGCGAGGCCACGGCCGGGGCCCCUGGAGAAGAGCUGACAUUUAUUAGCCCCGCCACCGUGCAGUCAGUACACACACACGCGCGCACACACACACACACACACACACACACACAACCUGUGGUCGGGAAUAAUUAGCACUUCACCCUAGACUAGACCAGCGACCCUAAUCUCCGUAGAGGGAGAGAAGAAAGGAGGAGGAGAAGAGGGAAAGGAAGGGGGGAGGGGAGGGGAGGACGGCAUAAACCAUCACCUCCGCAGAGAGGACAGGGAGGGAUGGAGAGGAGGGCAGCUCAGAUAAUAAAAGCCGAGGGAGGAGGAGGCUGAAAGAGGGAAAGCUCUCUGAUAACCUCAGUGUUGUGUUCCUCUUUCAGACUCUCUCUCCUCUCCUCCGCUCUCUGUUCUGUUGUUCCCCCACUCCACGGCCAUGUGUCAGGUGUGUCGAGCCACACAUACACACACACAGAAUGGAGAGAGGAUAGCGUUGUCUCAGUAUGUGAUUGUCAGAAGAUUUAUGUGGAAUAUCUGUCAUCCAGACUCUUAAUACGUUCUCCCUCUCUCCCCCUCCCCCCCCACCACACACACCAGGUCAACGAAAAGCGCUGCAGCGAGAAGCAGAGGAGGUCUUCCUCCCUGUCGGAUUACUCCCACUCCUCCCCCCUCAAACCCUCCUCCCCCGCCCCCCCCUCUCACCCCGGCCCCCGAGCUCAGCCCCCUGCCCAGCCCUACAGAGACCCAGGCCCGCACGCCAACCCCCUCCACCCCCCCGGUGCCCACCAGUACCCCUGCCAGCCGACCCAUGCCUCCUGAGGCCCGCAGGCUCAUCGUCAACAAGAACUCAGGAGAGACCCUGCUCCAGAGGGCUUCCCGUCUAGGAUACGAGGUAAGA